AUGGACACAAACCGUAAGACUCUAUCCCAGGAAUUCCUCUUGAUGGGUUUUCCUGGGUUCAAGGCUCUUCAACUCUCUCUCUUUGUGUUCUUUCUGGUGAUGUACAUGCUUACAGUUGGUGGUAAUGUGGCAAUUUUGCUGUUGGCUAAUGCCUCUCACCAGUUGCACACACCCAUGUACUUCUUGAGCAAACUAUCACUCCUGGAGAUUUGUUACAACACAGCUGCCAACCCUAAAGCCCUGGACAUCAUGGUAGGGAGACGCCAGACCAUAUCCUUUGCAAGCUGUCUGUUGCAGAUGUAUUUGGUUUUCUCAUUAGGUUUCACAGAUUACUUUCUCUUGUCAGAUAUGGCUUAUGACUGCUAUCUUGCCAUGUUCUAUCCGCUAUACUAUCAGGCCAUAAUGAGCAGCCCUUCAGUGCAGCUGGCCCAGGGCUCUUGGAUCUGUGCUUUCAUAGCCAUUGCAGUGCCAACAGCACUCAUCAGCAGCCUGUCCUUCUGUGGUUCCCAUGCCAUGAACCACUUCUUCUGUGACAUUCCACCUUGGAUAGCUCUGGCCUGUAGCAGCACAAAGUCAGUAGAAAUUGUGGCAUUUGUGAUUUCAUUUGUGGUCAUCCUGAGUUCCUGUAUUAUAACUUUAGUUUUCUACAUCUACAUUAUCAUCACCAACCUCAAGAGCCCCUCUGCCAGUGGCCUCAGCAAAGCCUUCUCAACCAGCUCCUCCCAUCUCACUGUGGUGCUCAUCUGGUAUGGGUCCACAAUUUUCCUUCAUGUCCACACCUCCAUCAAAGACUCUUUGGAUCUGACCAAAGCUGUUCAUGUCUUCAACACAGUAGUGGCUCCAGUUCUAAAUCCCUUCAUCUAUACACUGCAUAACAAGGAAGUUAGAGAAAUUUUGCUGAAAAAAUGGAAGAAGAAAUCAAUUUCCUCCAGCAUUAUGGAUGUCUUGUUAAUGGUCUCCAUUAUGUGUUCAGAGGUUCCAAAAAGUACAAAUAUGGAGAAUCGAGUAAAAAUGUGA